GAGGCAGUGAGAUUUGGUUGAGAGACGCGCUGCUGAAUCAGCGAGCUUCUUCCAGCUGUGUAAAGUGAAACCUGGACACGGACGGUGUGUAAAGCAACCUGGCUGGAGUUGAGAAGAAGCUGAGGAGAACUCUUUCAAACAUGUUCGGGCAGUUCAGUGUCCGUCGGGAGCGUGUUCCUGACCUCUCCUGCCUGCAUCAGUACAGCGAGUGGCUGGCCAGCAGGCAUGAAGCCAGUCUACUUCCCAUGAAGGAAGACCUUGCUCUGUGGCUCAACACUAUUCUGGGAAUUAAUAUAACAGCAGAGAACUUCAUGGACAUGCUGGACACCGGAGUUGUGCUCUGCCAGCUGGCUGAAGAGUUACAGAAGAGGAUGAUUCUGGCUAGUAAUGGCAAGCCUUUCAUCCGGCGUGUGAUUCAUUGGAGGGCUGAUGCAGCUCCUGGUUCAUUUUUUGCCAGAGACAACACGGCUAACUUUCUGUACUGGUGCAGUAAAAUUGGCAUAGACUCAUCCCAUCUUUUUGAGUCUGAAGAUCUGGUACUGCGAAGGCAUCCACGUGAUGUGUGCCUGUGCCUCAUGCAGCUUGGGAGAGUUGUCUCAAAGUAUGGUAUCGAUCCACCUGGUCUGGUCAAACUGGAAAAAGAGAUUGAGAAAGAAGAAUUAGGGUCCUUAUCCCCAUCCAUGUUUUUUUCUUCACCAUUACCCUCUCCCUCCCUUUUCUUUCCACCUGUUCCAUCACCACCUCCUUCUCCUCCUCCUUUUCCUUUUCCUACCUCCAUCUCUCCAUCCACACCACCUUCCUCUCCACCUCGAUCUCCUCCAACAGACUCCACCUCUAUCCUAGUUUCACCACCUGAACCUGAGCCUGAACCCGAACCCGAACCCGAACCUGAACCUGAACCUGAACCUGAACCCGAACCCGAACCCGAACCUCAGUGGGAACCUGAACCUAUGCAGGAGCCUGAACCAAAGUGUAUUUCUCCCAAUCCACAGUCAUCAGUUCAAACACCCACAUCCACUCCCACCUCACGUCAUCUAAGUAAAUUAAGUAAAUCCAAUGGAAAAAACAGCAAAGACAGCCUACUGGAUGAUAUAGUGAAGCAGAUAUCAGAAGAUCCACCGUGCAGAUGUGAAAUAAGGUUCUGCAUUGAGAAACAGCCCAAAGGCCGCUACCGAAUGGGGGAUAAAGUACUGUACGUGAGGAUGCUGAAUGAUAAGCAUGCUAUGGUACGUGUCGGUGGAGGCUGGGAAACGCUCGGGACUUAUUUGCUGAAGCAUGACCCAUGCAGGUCUUUGCUGAAAACUUGCAAGACCAACAGCAAGUCAUUCAGCACCAAGGAGCCUUCAAGGGACAGUUACCUGGUUGUAGGCACUCCUUCACGCCUCAAAAAACAAAUGUCACAUCCUUGAUUUUUGCAGGAAGUAACAUACAAUCAAUCAGCAGUUAUACCUUUUUAUUGUAUUGCUGCCUCUGCUGUAUUGUUGGGUUCAGCCAACAAAUAAGGCUGAGACAUGGAUCUGGAAUGGAAGCUGAAAGACCAGGUGGCUUUAAGGUGGUUUCAAAGAUACAGGAUUAUAAGUAAGGACUUUAUUACAUAUAAUUGAUCAUUUUUUACCUAAAAGUACAAGGCAGGGUCUCUUUCUCUCUCUCUCUCUCUCUCUCUCUCUCUCUCUCUCUCUCGCACACUGUCAACUGUCAACCGAUGCAUGUCAGUUCACAUUAAGUUUAAUUGUAAAAAAUGUUUAGACUCAAACUCAGUACAAAUAUUUUUUCAGUCUUUUGUUUAUGUCUAACAUCUUGAUGAAUUUGUAAAAUUAUGCAAUUGAGUGGCAAAUCUAAUACUAAUUUUUAAAGAAUUUAAUGGCCUCAAUAUAUAUUUGC